AUGGCGGGCGGUGGGCCGUAUGAUACCCUCUUCAAGACAGUGGGGCUGCGCUGGGUCGCAAUUUUCUGCUCGACCUGCACCUUCCUGGCGUCCUUGAGCAUUGUUUAUUGGGUGGCAGUGAGAUUUGGUCCCGUCACUGCACUUCUCACUCUGGCGUUUCUAUGGGUUAUCGGCGCCCUCAACUUCCUGAAGUACCUCUUCCAAUUAGUGUCCGUGACUGGAGACAGGCCGGACUACCAAGAGAUGCUGCGGCGAGCGGAUGUCAUGCAGCAGCCAAAUGUAAAAAAAACUUCGGGGUUUAAAGAGAACGCCGGGAUAUCGUAUGGGUUUAGCUGUAUGCAAGGAUGGCGUAGAAGCAUGGAGGAUGACCAUGUGGCGCUGCUUGACGAGGAUGGAGGUUUUUUUGGCGUUUUUGACGGCCACAGUGGGUCAAACGUUGCGAGGUUUUGCGCCGGGAACCUGUUUGACUUCGUCUCGAGGACCGCGGCGUUUGAGGAGGGGAACUACAUAAAAGCUCUCUAUGAUGGGUUUCUUGCCAUUGAUAAACACAUAUAUGCCACCUUCUCGAACGAAAGGAGCGGUUGCGCGGCGAUUGUGCUGCUGGUGAAGGAUGAUGACGUGUACUGCGGCAACGCCGGGGACAGCCGCUGUGUGCUUUGCCGUGACGGGGAGCCACUGCCUCUCAGUAAUGAUCACAAGCCAUUUCUUCCGGGCGAGCUAUCAAGGAUAGAAAGGGCGGGGGGAUAUGUGUGGAACCGCCGCGUAAAUGGAGCGCUUGCCCUUAGCCGAGCCAUUGGGGACUUUGUCUUUAAGUGCAACACGCAGUUGUCGUGGGAUCAGCAGGCCGUUACGAGUGCCCCGGAAGUGCGUUUUAUGCGCUUGAAUCGCAACCAUGACGAGUUUGCCGUCAUCGCCUGCGACGGUAUAUGGGACGUGCUUAGCAACGAUCAGGUAGUGGAGUUUGUGCGUCAGCGCAUCCACGCCCGGGUUCCGUUGGACAAGAUAGCAGAAAGGCUUAUAGAGCGGUGUCUCUCGCCGCGACCAUUUGGUGUCGGGUGCGAUAACAUGUCGGUUGUGAUUCUUCAAUUCAAACGAUCAACGCCUUUUCGCCCCGCCCCGGAGACCGUGCGGGGAGGACAAGUCGGGGACACGGACACCGAAGCUGCAGCGGACGGUGCCAGAGCAGCCUCAAUGAAUGCCCACGCACAGAUGAAGAACAAUCUGCCCGGGUCGGUGUACUGA